ACUUAGCCGGUGUUCGCAUACCGCGCUUGCUAUUGCUGCUAAUCAAACGUCACGUUCCAAUAAACAAUUACUUUUUGUACUUUUAAUUCAAAAUGUUGUGCGUGAUAACAGUUCUCAUAGCUCUAGCAUAUAUGUUCUGGGAUGUGAACUACUUCCUUCGAAUCGCUUUUACCAUCGGAAUUGGGAGGCUGUUCCAAAAGAAGUGUGGCGUAAAUGAUACGACUACAAUUUACGGUUUCUGCACAACACAAGACGUGGACAUCUUCCUCCGACACAUGAACAACGCGCGUUACGUGCGCGAGCUGGACUUCGCGCGGUUCCACUUCUAUGAUCGCACGGGGAUUUAUGAGAACAUAACCAAAGCCAACGGGCACGCGCUGCAGGGCGCCUCCAGCAUCCGGUACAGAAGGACCAUCCCGAUCUUCACGGCGUAUAAAGUGGAAACUAGGCUGGCAUACUGGGACGACAAGACCCUCUUCAUCGAGCAGAAGUUCAUCACCCUGAGCGACGGCUUCGUGCGAGCCAUCGUGCUGUCCCGGCAGAACCUCAUCGACGUCAACGCCGAAAGUCUCUUCAAAGGCAUCCCCGGCGCCGAGCACAAACCGACGUGCCCUGAGGAAAUCACGCAUUGGCUACAAUCUAUCGAGAUUUCAAGCGCAAAGUUAAGGAAGAAGGAUUAAGUAAAAGACUGGUAAAAGCAAAGGGCAAAGCGAUGUUAUUUAAUAAAAUUUGUAAGAUUUUUA